UUUUAUUCUUUAGGGCUUUUGGAGAGUUGACAACGAAGGGUUUUGAAGACGAAAACUUAAGUAAUUGAAAAAGAAAACUCUCUUAACACAGAUGGAUAGCUCGGGUCUCAAUUCGGCUGAAAUGCAGCGUUUCCUCAAUCAAGAAAAGGAAAAAGCUAUGGUUAACGAGAUGGUGGCAAAGCUUACAAGUGUAUGCUGGGAUAAAUGUGUCACUGGCACACCUGGGAGCAAGUUCAGCUCUAGCGAAUCAGCUUGUCUUUCCCACUGUGCUCAUCGAUACAUGGAUAUGAGCCUUAUCAUCAUGAAACGGUUUCAAUCAAUGCAGUGAAGUUCAGUGCCUAGACAUGGUGUCUUCGGGACACCAAUCGGUCCCCAGCUUGGUUAUCAGUUACAUUCUUUGUAUUGUGAAGACUGAAUCCUUGGUCAAUUUCCAUUUGGGCGGCCAUCUUAAGAUUAUUUAGAAAUUUCGGGUACUUGAGAAGGCAAACGUAUUAAUUUCAUGCUGCAUAAACAACAUAGUUUUGGAACCUCCUGGUGUUUCAAUUUUUUUUUUUUUUACUUGUAUGGGAGUAAGUAUCUGUCAAUUGCGCUUCAUUUAUACUGUUGAAUUUAUAGUAAUUCUUGGUGAAUUAGCAGCAA